AUAAUCUUGCUGUCAAAAAUGAAAUGAUCUCUUUCCAUCAUCAUAGAUCAACAAUUUUAAUUAUCUAAUGAAAAAACUGAUAUAAAAACCUUACUUUCAAUUCAAUCUUUAAUUUACAGUAGUCUAGUCAAACUGACAGUACAAGAAAAUAACAAACCUCAAAAUUAUAAAAUGCACUUGGGUGUUUGGAUCCUGGCUUCAAUAGCAUUUCAGUUGUCGCUCGGUGACAUCCUCAAUUAUCGUUUUGAAUACAAAAACAACAAAAAAGGUAUAAAAUGGAAGCUAUUGAGAAAAAAUGUUUGUUUAGAGCCGAAAGGUGAUAAACCUGGAUUACUUACGUUAAAUGAACAAGGUUUGUUUGUGGCAACUAAACUUGUUUAUGUAAGUGGCAAAGCAAUAAGUAAUCCAUCCUUUCCAGGAAGCCACUUUGGACUCACUGAUGAUAUCCUUUUUAAUGUAUUGGUUUGCGAUGACAAAAAAGAAAUAAUUUUUCCGUCUCCAAUAGAACCACUUACUUACCAGUACCAAGGAAAACAUUAUAAAUACCGCGGCUAUAAAGCUAGCGAUAACGAAGUUAUUUUUACCGAUUAUAGCUUUCCUGUUUAUAUGAAAGAAGGAACAAAUAUUACAAUUUGGUUUGGAGAAGAUCUUACUAACAUUGGUGAUCUUGAUAACUCCGGAAUACUUUGUUUGGACGUAUAUGGCUCUUUCAUACACUAAUAAUUUUUGUGUUGUUUUUAUCAACUCACAUUUGAAGCUUAUUUUAUAUUAUUCUUAA